AUGUCCCAAAGACUUCAACUCUCUCUGAGGCAAGCAGGAUGUAAAACUCAAUCUGGUUGUGUACCCCUUUCUUUGUAUAUAAAACUUGAACUACCUAUUUAUCUCUUUGUAGAAAGAUAUUCAAAUUCAUCCCUUUCCCUAAAUUUAUGGGAUUGUUUUUUCAGGUUGGGGACACAAGAGCAAGCUAUAAAAGUUAAGGUCUACACUGAAAAAACAACAGUUAAACUAUUCACAAGGUUCCCACCAAAAUAUGUUUUUAAUGGUCAAAUCAUGCAUGAAAAUGAUAAGGAAUUCAUUAUUCGCUUCUUAAUUUCUUGA